CGGCUUAUCCUCCCGUUCUCUAUUUUUUAUUUUUUUUAAUUUUGCCGUUUCUUCCCUCAGUCGUUAAUAUAUUAUCCCUUUGGUCGCUUGGUGGUGUGAGGAUCCGCCGGAUCGGAAGCUCGGGAGUUUGGAGGAGGAAGCCAUCGUGUAUAGUAUACAUCGCGGUGACAAUUGAAUCGGUAUUGUCGUUUGCGCGUGCGUAUAUUAUAGAUUCGUGGUGUAACGCGUGUGUAUAUAGGAAUCGGCAAAUAUGAGUGACGCGCGUACAUCGUGUCUUCGAUCCAGCCGACGUUGACACGUGCAAAUAUACACGAGUCUUCGUUUUGAGUGCUGGAUUACUCCGAUGAGACGUCCACGCGGAUGACGGACCCGUAAGAUAACAGCACUCGUUCUCGUAUAUCUUGCAUUGUUGUUGCAGGCGUGUUCGAUCAACGUCUUUUGUGUUUUUUAAUUUUAUUUUUCAUCUUCGAAACAAGAAGAAAAGUAAAAGAAAAAAAAAAAGAACAAAAUAUAAAACAACGAUAGUUGAGCUGAUAAGUGCGUAUCUACGUUGGGUAGGCACAUAAUUAUACACAUAUACGUACGUGCGCUCAACUGAAUUUAGACGUUACACUAUAACACUGCCGUACGUAUACGUACAAAAAACACUGCAACUGCACGAGCUGAUAAGAGCAACGGUCUUGUUUACCGAUUCUCUUCACCGUUGGGGCGUCCUGUACAAGCCGGCGGGCAAUAGCAUCCCGGGAGGAGCAGCGCGAUGCGAGCCGCGCGCGUCCGAGAUCGGUAACGCGAUCUUACCCCGCAACGGAUCGCCAUGAGCGACACGAGGGGUCUGACGGAUCCGAAGGUCAUUGCCGAGGACGGCUGUUCGAGCGCCGGUACCGGAGGCGUCUCGGCACUGCUGGCGUCCUGUGUCACGGGUGUCCUUGAGGCCGUGCGCUGCAACAAGACCGCCAACGAGUGUACUGCGCCCGGCAGUUGGGGCGUCGUUAACAAACCGCUCCCCUUUGUCGACAAGGAAAAUGAACCGGUCGAGGUUGACUUUGAUUGGCUGGCGUCCAGCGUCCCUUCACGGGAUGUCAAGCAGGUGCUACUGGUGUUCCCGAGGGCCGACGACCAACAGUCGGAAAUAAUCGGGCGCGUGGCCCGAAAGUUGGGCUGGAGCGUCGCGGAGGCCCGGAACGCGGAAGAAGCCGGCGAGCUCGCCAACGCCCGACCCUGCGAUCUGGCGAUCGUCGACCGCAGAAACGCCCAACGGAGCCAAGAGGCCGACGAUACUUGCAGGAUUCUCGUCGAUACGAGCAAUUCGAGCGUCUUCGUCGUGGCUCUCGUGAAAAAGUCGCGCACUCGAUUCUUUGGAAAACCUAGAAAAAAAGAUCUAAAGAAAGGGUCAUCAAAGAUGCAGCAGCAAUCAACGGAGCUAGCUUUGCUAGAGUGCUCGCACGAGGGUAUCCUGACGAACGAGCUGAUCGGCACGAGCUCGGGCCUCAGCCAGGCCAAGCGCAGCCAGGCGACCGGCGCCCACCUGCUCUACCUCGCGGUCGAGCAGAGCCGUGACGUCGUCCACGUGACCAACGACCGUCACGUCAUCCUCUUCGCCAACUCGGCUAGCGAGCGCAGCUUCGGCUACCGGCCGGACGAGCUGUUGGGCCGGAGUCUCGAGGAAUUCGUCGCCGGCGACAACUUUGCGCUCAUCGACCAUCACCUGCAGCGGUCCAAGGAGUUCGAAGGCCCCGUCGCCUGGAGAAAGAGGAACCGCACCGUCGUCCACGUCGCCUGCAGGAUCGUACUCGUCACCCCGAACAGGGACAAAGGCGUGGUUUACCACGUGUGCUUCUACGAGGCACCGGCCGCGGUCGAGUCGAUAUCCUCGAGGACGAGCUUCGAGCACUACUCGCCGAGGGGCAGCCUACAAUCGUCGAUCGGCGGCAGACAGUCCCUGGAGUUGCACACCUGGAGCAAAACGAGACGGUCCACGGCGACGAUCGCGAAACUGCACAAUUUGCCGCUCGAGUCGCCGAUCACCAAGGUCGUGGCCGUGCUGACGAGCGCCCUCGCCGACUCCGAGAGCCCAGAAGUCAGGGAGCAGAUAGACACGGCUAUAGAGAUACUGAAGAAGGCCGAGCUGUACUCGCCUCGGCUGCGCGACGGCGAUCCUCUGCCCGUCUCCGACCCAGUGACGGCCGACCUGCUCGGAGCUCUGAUAUCCGUGACGACCAAUGAUCCCCGGCAAUCGGUAGCUCUGGCCUCGGCUCGGCAGACGCAGCUCCUCAAGAUCCUGAACUCGAGCCAGAACCCGACGAGGGCCAAGGUGUCUUUCAGUCCACAAGCUUCGCAGGAGCUCGAGGCUCUGUUGGAGACCGGUUUCGAGUGGGGCUUCGACAUCUUCAAGCUGGAGACCCUCACGGGUAAAAGGCCACUGUUCUACCUGGGCAUGUCGCUGAUGAGCCAGUUCAAGGUGGCCGAGAGGCUGGAGUGCGACGAGCGCGUCCUGCAGAAUUGGCUGACCAUCGUCGAGGCCAACUACAACAGCCAAGUGAGCUACCACAACUCGACCCACGCGACCGACGUACUCCAGGCGAUAGCGCGCUUCAUGAGGUCCGAGAGGCUCAGGGCGAUCCUCGACCCGCUCGACGAGGUUGCCGCCCUCCUCGCCGCCGCCGCCCACGACAUCGGUCACCCUGGGAAAUCGAGUCAAUUUUUGUGCAACGCCAGCGACCACUUGGCCAUACUCUACAAUGACCUCACCGUUCUCGAGUCCCACCACUCGGCCCUCACGUUCAAGCUCACCCUGUCCGACGACAAAGUCAACGUACUCAAGAAUCUAAACAGGGAAGUGUACAAGUUCAUGCGGCAGAACGUCAUCGACAUGAUCCUGGCGACCGAGAUGACCAAGCACUUUGAGCAUCUGGCCAAGUUCGUCAACGUCUGCAGCAACCGGAUCGGCGACCACGCGGAGAGUCUGGACGUCGACUCCGACUCGGUGGCGUCGAUUUUCCUGCUUCCGGAAAACGUGACUAUGGCGAAGCGCAUGAUGAUCAAGUGCGCCGACGUCUCGAAUCCCACGCGGCCGAUGAGGCUUUACGUCGAGUGGACGAGGCGCAUUGCCGAGGAGUACUUCGAUCAGACCGACGAGGAGAAGAAGCGGAUGAUGCCCGUAGUCAUGCCGAUGUUCGACAGAAUCAGCUGUUCCAUACCGAAAUCGCAGAUCGGCUUUGUGGAUUACAUCAUCAACGACAUGAUGGAGGCGUGGGACGCGUUCAUCGAUAUGCCCGAGAUGAUUGGAAAUAUGCGACUGAACUAUGACAAGUGGAAAAAAUUUGACGAGCAGGGAGUCACAACGUUGGAUGACAUCAAAAAGGUCCAACAGAACCCAGAGUACCAACUCUACGGGAGAUCUUCCUCGAGUUAACUACAUGCGACAAAGUCGAGGAUAACAAUGUAUAAAACUGUACUGACUUUGUAAAUAUUUUUUCAGUACCUCACAAUGUUGAUCAAAUAUAUUUUUUUCACUAGC